CACACUCCCUCCACCUCCUCCUCCUCCAGAGCCGCCGCCGCCGCCGCUUCUUUCUCCACGUGAAUGGGAUUGAUUUCGUUUCUUCAGGAAGAAAGAAGAAAAGAAGGAGGAAAGAAAAAGAAAAUUUCGUGAUAAAAUCCCGGCUUCUGCGUGUUCCUAAUCUUAUCCUGCCCUGGAUGCUUCUGUAAAACCUUCAUAUACACGCACCUCUUCUGGUUUGAAGUUACUGAGUUGCAAGUGUGAAAUGGCUCAGAUUCAGAUUCUUCACCCACCCUCCGCGCUAUCGCAGCCUCUGAUGGGCGGCAUGGUUGGCCAGAGCAUUCCCUCUGUUAUUGGUGCUCUGCCAUCGGAGAGUGCAACUCGGCCUGUUCAAAGCUCCGCUUUACCCUCCGCAUCUGCUACUUCCAACGACACAGCUGCAGUUCUUUUAAACAUGACAAACCCCAAAGAGAAAACCCCCAUGUGUCUUGUGAAUGAGUUAGCCCGUUUCAACAAGAUCCAGCCAGAGUACAAGCUUUUGAAUGAACUUGGUCCAGCUCAUGCGAAGGUCUUCACCGUGCAGCUGACGCUUGGUGACCAGCACUGGGAAGCCGAAGGAAGCAGCAUAAAAAAAGCCCAGCAUGCAGCAGCCGCGAAGGCCUUAGCAGAGACCAGUCUCCCAAAGCCGCCACCUCGUCCCCCACGUAAUGAUUCAAAAAAUCCUGACAGUGUUACUCCUACAGUAGAGCUGAAUGCUUUAUGCAUGAAAAUGGGAAAGAAACCAACCUACAGACCAAUUGACCCUUACCCUGGAAUAAGAACAAACUACAAUAUGCUGAGAAACAACGCUUACCCUCAAAGGUAUUUCUACUCAUUCCCUCCCGUUGGACCGGUCACUUAUCAAGUAGAGCUUGCGAUUGGAAACCAGCAGUUCCAAGGAAAGGGAAGGUCUCGACAGGCUGCUAAACAUGAUGCUGCUGCUAAAGCGCUAAAAGCCUUGCAAAAUGAAACUCUACCAUGCAAGUUACCUACGGUAAGCGGGAAAGAACUUGAUGAUGAUCUGAAUAAAUCUGAAAUAAGUCAAGUAUUUGAGGUAGCACUAAAAAGAAAUAUGCCAGUGAACUUUGAGGUAAUAAAAGAGACUGGCCCUCCACACAUGAAGAGUUUUGUAACCAAGGUAAUAGUUGGAGAAUUUUCGGCCGAAGGGGAAGGGAAGAGUAAGAAAAUUUCCAAGAAAGUCGCAGCAAUAGCUGUUCUGGAGGAACUCAAGAAAUUACCACCACUACCCACUGUAGAAAAAGUGAAACCGCGUAUAAAAAAGAAAACCAAAUCAAUAGUAAAGCUACAGACAAGUCCAGAGUAUGGGCAAGGAAUGAAUCCAAUCAGCCGUCUGGCUCAAAUUCAGCAAGCAAAAAAAGAAAAGGAGCCUGAAUAUACUUUAAUGGUAGAACGAGGUCUUCCUCGCCUAAGGGAAUUUGUUAUGAGGGUUAAAGUUGCCAAUCAGGUGUCAGAGGGAAUGGGUCCAAAUAAAAAGGUUGCUAAAAGAAAUGCAGCUGAGAAGAUGUUGGAACUUUUAGGUUAUAAAGUUCCUCAGCCCCAACCGCCUAAACCAGCGUUGAAAACUGAGGAAAAGCCAACCAUGAAAGAACCUACUAAAGGUCGAAAAGUGACCUUCUUUGAACCUGGUUCCUCUGGAGAAGACACAAUAGCAGGUAAUAAAGAUGGGAACAUCCGUCUAGAAGAUGAAUUCCGGAUGCCUUAUUCCAGCCACCAGCAGCUGCCGGCUGGAAUUCUCCCCAUGGUUCCCGAGGUGGCCCAGGCUGUUGGAGCUAUUCACGGGCAUCAUACCAAAGAUUUCAACCGGCCGGCUGCAAACCCAGCAAUGGCCACAGUUACUGCUCUGAUUGCAAGAGAACUGCUAUAUGGUGGCACCUCCCCAACAGCUGAAGCUAUUUUGAAGAUUAACCCUACAGCACGGAAACCACAUCUGCUACACAGCACUCUUACCAGGCCUUCUGAACAGCUGGAUUUCCUGGCUAGUGUUCAGGAAUUACAGGUUGAAUAUAAAGACUUUCCAAAAAACAAUAAAAAUGAGUUUGUAUCACUGAUAGACUGUACUUCUCAACCUCCCCUGAUGAGCCACGGGAUUGGAAAAGAUGUGGAAUCCUGUCAUGAUAUGGCUGCACUAAAUAUCUUAAAAUUGUUGUCUGAACUGGACCAACACAAUGUAGAAAUAUCAAGAACAGGAAAUGGACCAAUUGCUGUAUGUGUUAAACAAGAAAUUGACGGCGACUCUCUCAUCAAACCGGCUAACUCAAACACUUUAGGACAAACCCUGGAUGUCACUGACUGAAAGCCUUUUAUUGAUCCCAAAGCUCCAAGCACCAGAAAAAUCGGAUGCUUCCUGUUCUGUGACAUUGUAACUUCUGUUUUAGACACUUACAGUUUGAAUCUUGCUGUAGUAUCUAAAUCAUUAAGUUGCUUACCUUUUUAAAAUAGUGACGCAUUUCAACAUUAAUUCAAUUUUUUUGAUGAAGGAAAUUGUUCAUAAUUUUUUCAUUGGAACCUUGUUCACACCCAACCUCCGACAGCAAAAAAUUUGAAUUUCUUUUGAUGCCUCUCCAAUAGUACAUCACAUGAUGAUUUGAAAGAUUGCUAAUGUUUUUGAUCACUUAACAAAAACCGGGUCAUAUCCAGCAUAUGUAGUUCAUGAUUUGGUUUCUGUUUGAAUUGGCCAUUAGGAAUAUAAACUGGUUUGGUUUGCAAACCUGAUGUUAGUGAUUAUUUAAAAUGGAGUGUGCCUCUAUUUUCAUAACUCUAUUGUAUAUCUCAAGAUGAAUUUAGACUAAAAAAUUUAGUCAAGUUGAGUAAGUUGUAAAGACUACCUGUUUUUUUUUUCCCCCUCCCUCUUUGGAAGAAAGUAUCAAGUAAAAUGUUGAGUCUUCUAGAUCGUUUCUUUCUUAAUCUAAAAGUUUUUUUUAUAAACUUGGUAAUUCUAAAGGAAUAGGUUUUGUUUUUAUAUGAAACUUGUUUUUAAUUUUCAAAGGUGCACAAGAAUUACAUGGUUGGAUAUGAUCUGUUACUUAGCUUCUACCAGAAACUGCAGAUUACUAUACAUUUCGGUGUAGGGUAAAAUGUAAGAUGUUGUGUUGUACUUAAUGCUUUGAUGUAAUGUUCCAUGUGAUGUACACAAAGUGUGUACAGUAAACUUUUUUGCCUAUGGUCCAAGUAAAGCACGAAACCCUUGCCAACUUGCAUACUACGUCAACAAAUUGUUACUUUACUUUUGGACUUUUUCUCCCCAUGUAUUGUACCUAUGGAAUGGAGAAGUAAAAAUUGGUGUUUGUGCAAAAGUACUGGUGGCUUUUUUAGCAUAACAUUUUAUUAACAUGAGGCAGAAUUAAAGAAGUUGACAGUAAAGACAAAAAUGCUGAUUUUUUUUGUUUCAGUCAGAACUGCUAAUGUGCAAAAAAAAAAGAAAGACUGUUGGUGCUGAUCUUUGCUUUCAUUUGUGGUAUUUUUUCAAUUAGGUCUCCAAACAGCUAUGCUAUUUCCAUGUGCAUUUAGUACAGCAUUAAAUUUUAGAAGUUGAUGUUAAAGUUCCUGAAAAUGCUAAACGUUACAGUAAUAUUUUAGCUUAAAAAGCCAUGGUCCAAAUGAAAAGCAUAUAACUCCUUUAAGUGGUGCUGUAAUUCUCCGUUGUGCAAGGUAUAAUUAACCUUGUGUGAAUGUAUAUAAUAUAUAUAUAAAGUUUAUAUUACAGUAAUAGUCUGAGAAAUGUAUGCCAUUUGAUAGUCACAUUUGGACAACUUUGGAUCACCAGCAAGGGGUUCAGGAUUUUAAAGUGAAGCAAACCUUAAAGUUCCGAAAGGUAAUUAAUAUACAGAUCUUUAAUGAAUUUAAUUUUUUUCAGUACAUUUCAGCAUUUCAAAACUUGCUGUUACACCACUGUUUGAUUCAGAUGUUAGUGCAACUCAACUGUUCAGUUGUCAAACAGUUUGAAUUUUUAAACGUGCCUGAAAAGGCUGCAAGACCCCAAUUUUUUUCAACUUUUAUUAAUCAUUAUCAAAAAAAGUUAACAGAAGUUAGUUAUUGAAUUUCUUCACCUAUGGGAUACAUAGUGUGAUUAUAGCAGGAUGAUGUGUACCCAGAACAUAGCAUUAAUUUAGUUGAGUAGAAUUUCCAAUUCAGUAUCUGAUUUUGAGUUUCACUGUUUACUGGAGCCUAUUUUGAUCAAUGUUUUUUGUAUUUCAACAAACCGGAGAAGCACACCUUUUCCAUUAACUCAGCUUUAAUGGACACAGCUUGAACCUAUGCCAAGGAAGCAUUAGCUGAGGUGUAAUUGGGUAUUUGUCUUGAAGACGUAAUAAGGCGCCAUAUGAAAUUAACAAGUAAGGAUUAUUAUUAUUAAGAGGGGUUAGUGUGAAAUGUCUGGUAAUGUAAGCAACUUCUAUUUGAAUCUUAGUGAGAGAAGUUGCUUUUCUGAAUGUACUUGACUUGAAACUUACAUAAACCCGUUAAAGCCUACUUAAAAACCAUUAUUGUGAUUAGAUGUCCUGUGGUAAUUCAGAAGUUAUCAUUCGGGAUCUUUCAAAUGAAACGCUUGUGUGCUUGAAUGUUGUAAAUACUGUAGGCUUGCGUUUCACUCCACUGGUCAUAGGAUAUAGCUACUAAGUUGUGCAGCUAAAAUUCCUCAUCCAUAUUUCUGAUGCAGCUGAAUCUUGGGAUGAAAUUGUUUUGGUGUUAUUGUCAGGCAAAGUCUUGCCAUAAUCUUUUAAAAGAUCAGGUUGCAUACACUCUUGCUAUGGUAGGUUCAUGGAUAUUGAUAACCCACGAGAAGAUUUAAGGUCUUGAAUAUCUAUAUGAGCUUUGAGGUAGUAAUGGCUUGUUGAUGCCGGUUGUGAACCUGGAAACUCUUCUGUCCUUUGAACCCUCAAAUGCUGAUCACAACAGUUGAUUUCAGUCAUGCAAAAGAAUCUCCCUAGAUUUAUAUUCUGCAGUAAUCAGUCUGACUGACAUCUUUCUACAUAUUAGCUUCCCCUUUUUGGCAACACUUGUACCCAGUCUUAUUCCGGAUUUUAAUGUGCCAUUUUUAACACUGCUAUCUCCUUUCACACUGUUAAAUUCUUCCCAUUUGAGCAUUGAACAGUUUCUGUCAAUGAUCUGCCCAUAUUAAUGUAUUUCCACGACAUAUGUAUAGAAUAUUGCCUGGUCCUCCCGAAUCUGGGGAAUCCUGCAUACUUGCAAGAAAUUGCCAGGCAUCCUGAUUUUGCUAUCAAAAUGGCAUAUAUUAUGAACUACAGAAGUCCAAACACCUAAUGUUGUACGAGAAAAUUUUAAAAGUUUAUUUUUUAAAAGAAAUUGAAGCAGCUUGUUCAACUUCCUAUAUCAAAACUAGCUUCUGCAAAUGGUCAUCAUGUUUUUAAAGCUUUAUAUUCUAUAAGAAUUCCAAGUUGAUUUGGGCCAUUGUCUCUUGCUUUGGUCUUUUUAAAUGCAUUUUAAGGGAUUUAUGUCAAGCCUAAUAAAUUAAACAUUUCCUGGAGCUGUUUGACAUCCUACAAUGGAACAUUAAUCUUCAAAUUUUAAGUUGAUUAGGUUUUCCUUCCCCAGGCACCUAACCGAACUGCAAUCUAUUCAUCAGCUUCCCCGGUUAACAUGAUAACUUACUGUUUUGCUGUGAUAGUUUUACCCUUAAAGUACCUAAUAAAAUGCUUAUUUCAGAACGUA